GCUGAGCCCGCGGGGCGCCGCUCGGCGAGCCGCGGCCGCGAGAAGUUCUGCCAUCAGAAGGAGGACCUGGCAGGCUGCGAGCGCCCGCGCCGCCGGAGCUGAGUUGGUCCGCCGCUGCCCCUGCCCGCUUCCCGGAGCCGAGCCUCCUUACCUGCCCUCCGCCCACCCGCGGGCCCUCAGCCAACUUCCCCCCUGCAACUGGGGGUCACAGGCAGCGCUUGCCCUCUUUACUGUCCCGACGGCAUCCGCAUGUCUCCGGACACCUGAACACCCUGGUCCGGCGAGGAACCUCCCAGUGGGGAGAAGAGCACCGGUCCCCCUGGCCCCGCACAUCAACGCGGACCGCAGCGCCUACCCUCCCGGUCGCGUCCCCUCCUUUUCCUCUGGGGGAGGAGGAUGGGGUUGGAAACGCUUUCCCCGAGGAUGCUUGUGUGGCUAGUGGCCUCGGGGAUUCUUUUCCACGGGGAGUUUUGGGUCUGCGCUGGCCUCGAUUACGAUUACACUUUUGAUGGGAACGAAGAAGAUAAAACCGAGACUAUAGAUUACAAGGACCCGUGUAAAGCCGCUGUAUUUUGGGGCGAUAUUGCCUUAGAUGAUGAAGACUUAAAUAUCUUUCAAAUAGAUAGGACAAUUGACCUGACACAGAACCCCUUUGGAAAACUUGGACAUACCACAGGUGGACUUGGUGACCAUGGUAUGUCAAAGAAACGAGGGGCCCUCUAUCAACUCAUAGACAGGAUAAGAAGAAUUGGCUCUGGCUUGGAGCAAAACACCACAGUUAAGGGAAAAGUACCUCUAAAAUUCUCAGGGCAAAAUGAGAAAAAUCGAGUUCCCAGAGCUGCUACAUCAAGAACUGAAAGAAUAUGGCCUGGAGGUGUUAUUCCUUAUGUUAUAGGAGGCAACUUUACUGGCAGCCAGAGAGCCAUGUUCAAGCAGGCCAUGAGGCACUGGGAAAAGCACACCUGCGUGACAUUCAUUGAAAGAGGUGAUGAAGAGAGUUACAUUGUAUUCACCUAUAGGCCUUGUGGAUGCUGCUCCUACGUAGGUCGGAGGGGAAAUGGACCCCAGGCAAUCUCUAUUGGAAAGAACUGUGAUAAGUUUGGGAUCGUUGUUCAUGAACUGGGCCAUGUGAUCGGCUUUUGGCAUGAGCACACACGACCAGAUCGAGACAACCACGUAACCAUCAUAAGAGAAAACAUUCAGCCAGGUCAAGAGUACAAUUUUCUGAAGAUGGAGCCUGGAGAAGUAAACUCCCUUGGCGAAAGAUACGAUUUUGACAGUAUCAUGCACUAUGCCAGGAACACCUUCUCAAGGGGGAUGUUCCUGGAUACCAUUCUCCCCAACCGUGAUGAUAAUGGCAUACGUCCGGCAAUUGGUCAGCGAACCCGAUUAAGCAAAGGAGAUAUUGCACAGGCAAGAAAGCUGUAUAGAUGUCCAGCAUGUGGAGAAACCCUCCAAGAAUCCAAUGGCAACCUUUCCUCUCCAGGAUUUCCAAAUGGCUACCCUUCUUACACACACUGCAUCUGGAGAGUUUCUGUCACCCCAGGGGAAAAGAUUGUCUUAAAUUUUACCACAAUGGACCUAUACAAGAGUAGUUUGUGUUGGUAUGACUACAUUGAAGUAAGAGAUGGGUACUGGAGGAAGUCACCUCUCCUUGGUAGAUUCUGUGGGGACAAGGUGCCUGAAGUUCUUACCUCUACAGACAGCAGAAUGUGGAUUGAGUUCCGUAGCAGCAGUAACUGGGUAGGAAAGGGGUUUGCAGCUGUCUAUGAAGCUAUUUGUGGAGGUGAGAUACGCAGAAAUGAAGGGCAGAUUCAGUCUCCUAAUUACCCUGAUGACUAUCGUCCGAUGAAAGAGUGUGUGUGGAAAAUCACGGUGUCUGAGGGCUACCAUGUCGGACUGACCUUUCAGGCCUUUGAGAUUGAAAGACAUGACAACUGUGCCUAUGACUACCUAGAAGUUCGAGAUGGAAACAGCGAUAAUAGCCCUGUGAUAGGUCGUUUCUGUGGUUAUGAUAAACCUGAAGACAUAAGAUCUACCUCCAAUACCUUGUGGAUGAAAUUCGUUUCUGAUGGGACUGUGAAUAAGGCAGGGUUUGCUGCUAACUUUUUCAAAGAGGAGGACGAGUGUGCCAAACCUGACCGAGGAGGCUGUGAGCAGCGCUGUCUGAACACUCUGGGCAGCUACCAGUGCGCCUGCGAGCCUGGCUACGAACUGGGGCCUGACCGGAGAAGCUGUGAGGCUGCUUGUGGAGGACUUCUAUCCAAGCUCAAUGGCACCAUCACUACCCCCGGCUGGCCUAAAGAGUACCCUCCCAACAAAAACUGUGUGUGGCAAGUGGUUGCACCAACUCAAUACAGAAUUUCUAUGAAGUUUGAGUUUUUUGAAUUAGAAGGAAAUGAAGUAUGCAAAUACGAUUAUGUGGAGAUCUGGAGUGGUCUUUCCUCUGACUCUAAACUGCAUGGUAAAUUCUGUGGCGCAGAAGUGCCGGAAGUGAUCACAUCCCAGUACAACAACAUGAGGAUUGAGUUCAAAUCUGACAAUACCGUAUCCAAGAAAGGCUUCAAAGCACAUUUUUUCUCAGACAAAGAUGAAUGUUCUAAGGAUAAUGGUGGGUGUCAGCAGGAAUGCGUCAACACAGUGGGAAGCUACAUGUGUCAGUGCCGUAACGGAUUUGUGCUGCAUGAGAAUAAACAUGAUUGCAAGGAAGCUGAGUGUGAACAGAAGAUCCACAGCCCAAGUGGCCUCAUCACCAGUCCCAACUGGCCAGACAAGUAUCCAAGCAGGAAGGAGUGCACAUGGGAAAUCAGCUCCACCCCCGGCCACCGGAUCAAAUUGGCCUUUAGUGAGUUUGAGAUUGAACAGCAUCAAGAAUGUGCUUAUGAUCACUUAGAAGUAUUUGAUGGAGAAACAGAAAAGUCCCCAAUUCUUGGACGACUAUGUGGCAACAAGAUACCAGAUCCCCUUGUGGCUACUGGAAAUAAAAUGUUUGUUCGGUUUAUUUCUGAUGCAUCUGUUCAAAGAAAAGGCUUUCAAGCAACACAUUCUACAGAGUGUGGUGGACGAUUGAAAGCAGAACCCAAACCCAGAGAGCUAUACUCACACGCACAGUUUGGAGAUAACAACUACCCAGGACAGGUGGACUGUGAGUGGUUGUUAGUGUCAGAACGAGGCUCUCGACUUGAAUUGUCCUUCCAGACCUUUGAAGUGGAAGAAGAAGCUGACUGUGGCUAUGACUAUGUUGAGCUCUUUGAUGGUCUAGAUUCCACAGCAGUGGGACUUGGUCGAUUCUGUGGAUCUGGGCCACCAGAAGAAAUCUAUUCAAUUGGGGAUGCCAUUUUAAUUCAUUUUCACACGGAUGACACAAUCAACAAGAAAGGAUUUUAUGUAAGAUACAAAAGCAUAAGAUAUCCAGAAACCACACAUACCAAAAAAUAACACCAAACCUCUGUCAGAACAUAAAGGAUUGUGCACGAUGGAGAGAAGACAUAGACAUAUUUUUUUUAAAAAAACUGAUGAUAUUAGCACAAAUGUUUUUAUAUAAUGAGUUUGAACAAAAGAAAACUAUAAGGUCAGAAUGAUCUCUGUACUAGAAAACAAGCUUCCAGCCAAUCCUGUUUAGCAACAGGAGGAUAUUUGAACUCCGUGCUUGAUGUGCUGUUAAAGCUGGUUGAGGGGCAUCUUGUGCUUCAAGGGAGACUCUACAAGCUUCUGUUCACAGCUUGAAACAGAUGCCUCGCAAUUCAGACAGUUCAAUUCAGGGGCUGUGACUCUGCAAAUGUUCUUUUUGACCAUUUUUCAAGAUUUGGGACUGAUCUUGCAGGUCAUAAACUGGAAAAACCUCUUCUUAGCAUAAUUGCUUUGACUUUGUAUCACGGAUACAAUGUAAACCAGAUCCAUAUGAGCUGAUGUGAAAUGGGAGUCUUUGAGGGUGGUUUGUACUUUAAGUGUGUAUGUGUGUGUGUGUGUGUGUGUAUGUGUGUGCGUCUGUCUGUCUGUCUGAUGUUUGGAAACUGGAAUAUUUCAGCUUCAUUAUUUUCAUUUGCAGGCCAGCUUAACCUCUUUGAAACACAAAUGAUCUUGAGACCACUUCAUUUUCUUACAUUUUGACUAGUGUAAGAGGUCAAGUAGUGUCAAUUAAAGCCAAUGCUGAUCAUCAUUUAUUUAAUUACUGGAAAUGCCCAGUUAAUUGGUGAAUUCAGUUCCUUCUGUGUAAGUGCUGCCUUUUCACACCAAAUCCAAGAAGCCUGUGAUGUCUUACGAACCUUAUGAGAAAACUUCCCCCGGGGUGUGCACAGGAUUCCUCUAGAUGCCUGCCUGGAUGGACCACACUCAAGUUACUACUGCUGCUAUUGUCUGUUUUUCAUUGUUGACCUAUUAUUGUUGUAGUUAUUAUUGUUGAUAUUGUCAUGGUUAGUGUAUUUAAAAAAAAUAGAUGAAGUGGAAAUAGGCCUUGUGAGAAUUGAAAACUCUAUUUUUUUUCUCUCUGUCUCUCUCCCUCUCUCUUCCUGAAAUUCAGUUUAAAAAUGCAAUGUUGGGGAAAAAAAUGAAUUCAUUACUGAAAGAUUUCCUAUGGUGCUAUUGCAUAAACAUUUUUUUAAAACACAUUUUGACCUUUGAGCCAACCACCUGUAGACUAUGAAUGUCUCCCUGUGUCUGGCUGUUAGCAUUUGAAGACUAAAGACUUGUUAAAUAUACCAAGAGUAUAUCAUUGCCUGGGAAGCCCUUGUCCUGUGGAACAACUUCUUAUAAUGCCUUAGAAUUCUUGCACAUGAUCAAACAGAUCCUCCUAGAAACACAACUCUGAAAUGUUGAACCUGAUAGUGUAUGUGAAUCAGUAGCUCCGUGAGGAAAAUCCAUUUCUGUGAUUGAGACAUUGGACAUAAAUAUGGUGACCUGCUUUUGUUGUAGAAAAUGUAAUUUUAGAAUGAGUUUUCUGCUUUACAGCCAUGUGUGUUUUUAAUAUUAAUGUACUUAUAUGUGAGACUGUCUGAGUGAGUGAAGUCACAAGAUGGUGAAAAAGUAAUGGGAUGGUUGAAAAGUUAAAUUUAUUGUGCCAAGUUCUGCUAGAAUCCUGUUUGAAGUAGCACCGUUCUUAGGAUUCAUGGACAAAUAAUGGGAACUUCUAAUUAUUAUCAACCCCAUUAAAGAAAGACUCUUUCCUUUAGAGAACUCUAUUUUGAUGUUUUGGGAUGUUGAUGUAGAUUGCUCUAUGAAAUAACUUUGUUUCUGUUACCUGUCCAUGAAUGUUCAGUGUUUAAUAAAAUUGGGUAUAUUUCUUUAUUUUUACAGAAUUAAACUAUACACACAGACGUAGCUAAUUUGUUCUUUCUCUCAUUGUUGUCUUGAAAAGACGUUCCCCUACACAGAAAUUGUAAAGUGUAAAUACAUUUUUUUUUAAAUGUCA